CCCAGCCGGGACCCCGCUAUUUGCCCCUCACCGGGAUACCAGGGCAGGGAGCGCGGGGCCCCGAGAUGCCCUGUCUGGAGACAGGGUAGAGCCUGCCCAGAGCUGGGAGAGGAGUCUGGAACAGGAGAGGCUGCGGCGCCCCGUAGCGAUGCAUCGGAAGGCGGAGAAGUUUCUGCAGAUCGCCCCGCACUCCCUGGCCAUCGUCCUGAGUCCCGGGGCUGCGCUGGAGGCGGAGGAGGGGCGGGAGGACAGAGAGCGGGAGCCGCCUGGCGAUGAGGCCCCCCAGCUCGGGCGCCACCACAUCGGCUACGAGAUCUUCGCGGACUUCAAGCAGGAGAACAUGCAGCACUUCUGGAACCCGCGCGUGACGGCGGCCGUGGCCGAGACCUUCUUCCUGGGCUGGCUGGACGAGCAGGUGCUGCUGAUCCAGGGCAAGGAGGAGCACCUGGAGGUGCUGCGGGAGGGCUGGACGCGCCGCUCCCUCAAGCCGCCCGCCGGCUUCCGCAUCAAGUGCCUGGAGCAGGUCUGCAGGACGUGGUUCUUGGAAAGCUGCUACUCUUCGGUGCCUCUUUCCUACAGCCAGGUUCAAUGAAGGAUUCCCUGUACCAGGCUCUUCCUUCUAAUAUAAUGGAUAAACUUUAAUGCAUUUGCCAUUCCUUAAAUUGCACAACUCUUUGUACAAUGCCAAACCUGUUCUGAGCAAUGAUAAAUAGAUUGUAAAAUGUGUAGUACCCGACUGAGUUUAUCUUGCAUGCUGAGAUAUAUUUCAAGGUAUUACCUUUCUACUGUAUAAGUGCACCAGUACAAAGCCACACUAGUUAGCCACUUAAACUUUCUGUGCCUGUUCUUCAUUUAGUGGUCCUGUGCACUGAAAAAGACAAUUUUUAUAGUUUUGCUUUCAACAUAUGUAUCCAGUAGUGUUUACUAUGAAUAAAACUAUUGUGGUUAAGUGCCAGGUUUCUGUUUGAUUUGGAUUUUAGUGAGUUUGAGUUUGGUAAGCAGUAGAAACUGUGGACAUUUCAUUGUGAUAUUCCAUUUUAUCUUUAUAAUCUCAGUACUUGUUAAACUUUUAAAGGACUAACUAUUUGGAGAGCAUGUGUUCAAU